CCGAUAAAAAACUUUCAUGGUCUUCGUGAUUAUUAUUCCCUUGUUAAAAGUCUGAGUUCUAGAAAAAAUAAUCCGGUAUCCACACAAAUGGCGUUGGCAAGGAAUUUUGGUGGGACGAAUGAUGCGGAUCAAGUAUGCAAAAAGCAAUUCAGCUCCGUUAUCACGGCUUUUCAUGGAACGAAAGAAAAACUCAUGGAUUUUUCGGCGGAAGAACUCAUCAAAGCGAAUUUAGAAGAUAAUGGAGCAAGACAUCUUAUGAUCAUUGGAAAAAGUGAUUCCAUCGUUAAUCUCUUAACAUACAAGCUUCGGCAUUGGAGCAAAGAGCUAUCGAACAAGCGGGGUUCCAAAAAUGUUGGGAGAUCUGCUUGGGAUAUGGAACCUGUCAUCAUUCACGGUAGCCAGUUUCCUAAUGAUUUUGACGAUGAUUACCAAUAUGGUGUUUUAAGUAAAAUCAUGAUGUGUGUUGAAGCCGGUAGACCUCUAAUCUUAACUGAUCUCGAAAUUAUCUAUGGGAGCCUUUAUGAUUUGUGGAACCAAAAUUACAUUACUGUGGGCAGAGAGGAUAAUCAAAAGUUUUAUACACGGGUCGCGUUAGGGGCCCAUUCGAAUCCGAUGGUUUGCGUACACGAGAAUUUUAGGUGUAUCCUGGUGCUUGAUGAGAAGAAAGUGGAUUUCGCUGAUCCGCCGCUCCUUAAUCGGUUUGAAAAACAAAAAAUGUCAAUCAAUGAUAGCUUGGAUGAUAGCAUGAAAAGAAUUGUCAAUGAGUUAUCAACUUGGUGUAAACAGAUAUCAACUUUUGUUAAAAAGGGUAAUUUCGCAGAAUCCGAAUUCAAAGAACGUGACACAUUCGUUGGGUUCGAUCCCGAAGAAACGUUGCAGAGCUUGGUUAUUCACAAUUGUACAACUACCGAUUUGGUAGGUGAGAAAUUACUCUUUAAAUGCAAAGAAAUGCUUAUAAACAUCGCAUCCGCAGAUGGUAUCAUAAGAUCAAGAAAUUCUGGAUUAUCUGUCGAUAUUAAAGAAGUUGGAUGUUGGGAAAAUGUUUACUUCCAUGAACAACAUCAUGACUAUAUAGCCACAUAUAUUCAAUCGUUGUUGGAUGAAAGUUCGACGAAAGAUCAGGGAUUUAAAACGAUUAUCAAUACCUUUUCUAAUAUAAAUACUGAUAUUGCACCAU